UGUUUAAAAAACCAGCCCAGGGCUGACUCAUUGCUUCUCUUAAUCGAAGUCAUCUGUUUGCAAUGCUGCAUCCAGAACUGCCUCUUCCGUGGUGUGUGGGGGUUUGGGAAGGGAAGAGGAUUUUCCUUUGGCCUUGAUUUGUUCUGAAAGGCGUCCGUUAACUACCAGAUAGUCAAUUUUUGUGGCUUUAGUCAAAUUCUUCAAGAAAUCAUCCUCAACUUUGUCAGUAGUGUUCGGAUACCGCUGCAUAGUAGCUAUCCACGUACCGAAGAAAUCUGUAAAAGAAAAAGGCUGUGGUAAGCGCUAUAGAAUCGCCUGUCUCUGUGUGUGCGCUCUUGCUCCAACACUCAUCAUGAGCGUGCUGCCUCCUGUACGAAAAGAUCGCAUCAUCAUAAAGCUUCCGAAGUGCCCUGGAAAAGGGGCUGCACUGCACACAAAGGAUGCCUUCCAUCCCAAGGUGAAGACUGCGUGUCAGGAGCAGCGGACUGGCACAGUGGGGUUCAAGAUCUCCAAGGUCAUUGUUGUUGGUGAUGUGGCGGUGGGGAAAACCUGUCUGAUUAAUAGAUUCUGCAAGGAUACCUUUGACAAGAACUACAAAGCCACAAUAGGGGUGGAUUUUGAGAUGGAGAGGUUUGAGGUGCUGGGCGUUCCCUUCAGUUUACAGCUAUGGGACACUGCCGGACAGGAGAGGUUCAAGUGCAUUGCCUCUACAUACUACAGAGGAGCACAGGCCAUCAUAAUUGUGUUUGACGUCAAUGAUGUAGCCUCUCUUUACCACGCAAGGCAGUGGCUGGAGGACGCCAUGAAAGAGAACGACCCCUCCAGUGUGCUGCUCUUCCUGGUGGGAACCAAGAAAGACCUGAGUUCUCCUGCCAUGUUCUCCCAGAUUGAGCAGGACGCCAUUAAACUGUCAGAAGAGAUUAGAGCAGAAUACUGGGCGGUGUCUGCACUUUCAGGAGAGAGUGUGAAGGAGUUCUUCUUCCGCGUGGCAGCGCUGACAUUUGAGGCAAACGUUCUGGCUGAGUUGGAGAAGAGCGGAUCCAGACGCAUCGGCGAUGUUGUCAGAAUAAACAGCAAUUCCUGCAACUUGUACGCAACAUCCCAGAAGAAGCAGUCUAACUGUUGCCAGUGAGGUUGAAUUGUACAUUGACAGAAAGUUUCACUCUAAAUUACCACAGCAUGGUACUAAAGCACAUGGAUAGCAGCACAGCCAUCCAAGAGAAAUGUCCACAGCAGAAUUGCCAUGGAAAACCGAAUGUCAGCAUUGCAAAGGGGACCCCAAAUGGUACGAACAAUGUAAUUGUCUGUGAGGAAGUUGUGGAUGAUUCCCACAAAUGAGCUGGACUUCAAACAUCUUGAAUACAUUAUUGUAUGUGGUUGCAAGCUUUUAUCAUCAUUAGUUUGAACUUUUUCCAAAACCAACUGUACAAAGAAGAAUGCCUUUUUAAUGGUCUGAUUAUAAUGGUACUGCCUCAUGCAUUAACAGGACAAUCAUCUUUGUGUUGCAGACAUGUUGCUUGAUAGGCAAUUAUUUUUGUGCAUUUCAUUUAUUAUUGAAUUAAUUAGUAGAGUUUUAGUGCUACUGGGUUGUAUUCCUGUAGUUAAUGACUGCCUUUGAGAAUACUCUACUUCCAGGACCAAGAGAUUCUGAAAUAUAUUGUAUAACAAUAGCAUGUAUGCAUUGUUAAAAAAAAAAAAAAAAAAACCCACGUUCAAGUGGGACCUCAGUGUGACCAAUUGUACAUUUGGAAAAUGUUAGUGCGAUUGCCUUACAUGGUAAGUCUUAAUACAGUGAUACAAGGUACAAAUUACACAUUUUCUAGUGUUUAAAGGAAAAAAAAAAAAGAAGGUAUUUGCCUAUUCAAAAUAAUCCAAGUUUUGAACUUGAUGCAAUUAAUUCAAUAUAUAGUAGUCAAGGCAAGUUGUUUGGAUUUCAAAUUUAAUCAAGAGCAUUUCAUAGGGUUAUUUCUGACCUAGUGUCAUUUGGAUGAACCAUGUAUGCAAUUAAUUUGGCACAAUUUUAGUAGAAUUUGGUUCAAUUAAAUAUUUAUUUAAGUUGUUAGAACGGUUGUUCUGUUUCUCUGUACAGUGUCUUUGUGAUAGUUCUCUGUAAAAAGGCUAUACAAAAUUAAUUGAAUAGAAGAACUGUAGUUGAAUAUUUUAGGUAACGUUUAUUGGAACUCAAUGUAAUUCGGCACAUUAAAAAGAAAAUCCAGAACUACAAUUUCUGUGUUAAUGGUAAAACAAUUAACAUAUUAAGAAAAAUGGCAUACAAGAAUAAUUAAGUGUUAUGUUAACCCCAAAAAAACACUGAAUAGAAACCGUAUAGGUUUGGUUUAGAUUAGAUUUAGAUUUAGAUUUUACAGUGAAAUAAAUUGUUAAAAAAAGGAGAUAAUUUAAGGAAACAAUUGCUCUCUUCAAGACAAAUCAGGCUUGCUGUCUAUUACAAAGAUCUACACCAGAACAAAUGGCAGAAUUGCAUAUACACUAGUUCUAGUCAUUUCUUAUUUCUUUCAAACCGCAUCAGGCUCGCUUUAUUCCGACAAACGCAGGUUCAUGGAGAGGAGGUGGCUUGCAAAAGCAGGCCUGCACCAGAGUGGCCCGGGUUCAGUCCGUCAGGCUGACGAAGCUGUGGAAGGAGUCCAGGUGCUGCCUGUCUAUCUGAGCCUGCAGGGUCUCUGGGAUGCAGUGAGAGUACCUGUACCUCUCUUUGAUCCACCGCCCCCCCUCGCUGUUCUCUAUGGCAACUGCUGCUACACCUGAAAUCA